AUGUGUGGAGUGAGAAAAAGAGGAGUGUGUAGUGAAAAAGGAGGAAGAGGAGAAGAAGAAGAAGAAGAAGAAGAGGAGAAGGAAUAUGAGAAAGAUGUGAAGAAAAAUGGUAUGAAUUCAAACGAAACAUAUGCAGACGAGCCCAGCAAAAACACAUGGGGCAUGAUUUUCCUCUCCCUCACGCUUUCGUUUCUUGCUAUACUGACGACAGCCAUGAACUGCUUGGUCAUUACAGCCAUCAUCGUCACACGCAAGCUGCACCAUCCCGCAAACUAUCUCAUUUGCUCACUGGCCGUGACCGACCUUUUGGUGGCCGUAUUAGUCAUGCCCUUCAGCAUUGUCUACAUUGUGAUGGAGACGUGGGUCAUGGGUGAAGUUAUGUGCAACAUCUGGUUAAUCGUGGACAUAACCUGCUGCACGUGCUCCAUUCUGCACCUAGCGGCCAUCGCUGUGGACCGAUAUCGUGCCAUUACAGACGCCGUGGAGUAUUCGAGAAAGAGGACAUCUCUACGGGCCGCCAUCAUGAUCAGUGUGGUGUGGCUCCUCUCGAUAGUAGUCUCUCUGCCACCAAUGCUAUUGAGGGGCCACAAAAAAAACGAGUGCAUCAUUAAACAUGACAACAUCGGCUCCGCGCUUUACUCCACGUUCGGGGCUUUUUACAUCCCGCUAAUACUCAUUCUCAUUCUCUACUACAAGAUCUACCGAGCAGCGAAGACUCUUUACAACAGGAGAGCCAGUUGCCUCAACAAGCCGGAGAUGAACGGACACAUGCUUCCCAAGUGCAGCGACCAGGAGCCGACGUCCCCGGACACCCUGAGCCCUCCGGAGAAAUCGGUGUCUGAACCCUCCACCGAAGGCGACAGAGUGCGCAUCGCUGCGAAAAGCCCAAAGUCUCAGUCUCGCAGAGAACGGUCCAUCAGGAGACGUUGCAUCUCCAGCACGCAUGAAAAGAAGGCCGCCACCACUCUGGGACUCAUUCUAGGGGCUUUUGUCAUCUGCUGGCUGCCGUUCUUCAUCAAUGAGGUGAUUGUUAACAUAUGUAAGUCCUGCACUCCAUCUCCUGAGAUGACCAACUUUCUGACUUGGCUGGGCUAUCUGAACUCUCUCAUCAACCCGCUGAUUUACACCAUCUUUAAUGAGGAUUUCAAAAGGGCUUUUCAGAAGUUAAUCAAGUGCAAGAAUUAUCUCUAA